ACGCCCGGAAGACGCAACUAGUCCGGAUGAGAGUGACACAAGAUGGAGAAUAAGCGCUGGAUGAGCUGAACUCUGCGCGUAAAGACAGAGAGACCGGGGGAAACUUCGCGCUUCGGGGAAGAAGAAAUAAAUACACAGCGUCUAAAGCAGGAGGAGAGAUUUUCCUUCAUUUUGAAGCAUGGAGGAGUCCGGAGGUUCUCUCGGUCUGGCCAGGUCAGCUGCUCAGAAACUUUCCGAAAGGACGAAGCAGUUCGGCGGGGCGGUGCACGACCCCGAGCGCCAGCGGAGGAUUAUCUUAGUGAUCGUGUGCGUGGCGCUGCUCUUAGACAACAUGCUGUACAUGGUGAUCGUGCCAAUUAUCCCAGACUACCUGGCCGACCUGGAGAGCGAAAAUGAAGCAAACACACACAGUAACACCUCCACCGACAGCACCAAGGAGAACCUGGACGUAAAGAUAGGAGUUCUGUUCGCCUCCAAAGCUAUCGUUCAGCUUCUUGUGAACCCUUUAUCGGGGACGUUUAUUGACCGUGUGGGUUACGACAUCCCACUCCUAAUUGGGCUGACGGUCAUGUUCUUGUCCACCAGCGUGUUCGCAUUUGCUGAGAACUAUGCCACGUUGUUUGCUGCACGCAGCCUACAGGGUCUUGGUUCAGCAUUUGCAGACACAUCAGGCAUCGCCAUGAUUGCCGACAAGUACACAGAGGAGCCGGAACGCAGUCGUGCACUCGGUAUCGCCCUGGCAUUCAUAUCAUUUGGUAGCCUUGUGGCACCACCGUUCGGCGGAGUGCUGUAUGAAUUUGCUGGUAAGCGUGUACCGUUCGUCGUGUUGGCAUGCGUGUGUCUGGCCGACGGUAUCCUGCUGCUCACUGUGAUCAAGCCCUUCUCAGACCGGUCACGUGAGAACAUGCCCAUCGGCACUCCCAUCCAUCGGCUCAUGGUGGACCCGUAUAUCGCCGUGGUGGCGGGGGCACUUACGGUGUGCAAUAUACCCUUGGCCUUCCUCGAGCCAACGGUGGCCAACUGGAUGGAGACCACGAUGCACGCCACUAAGUGGGAGAUGGGCCUGACAUGGCUGCCCUCGUUCUUCCCGCAUGUUCUUGGCGUGUACUUGACAGUAAAACUGGCGGCCAAGUACCCACACCUGCAGUGGUUCUACGGUGCUCUAGGCAUGGUGAUUAUCGGUGCUAGCUCAUGCACUGUGCCUGCCUGCAAGAACUUCGGACAGCUCAUGGUGCCGCUGUGCGGUAUCUGCUUCGGGAUCGCACUCGUCGACACGGCACUGUUGCCCACGCUGGCCUUCCUUGUCGACGUCCGUCAUGUGUCUGUUUACGGCAGCGUGUACGCCAUAGCAGACAUCUCGUACUCCGUGGCCUAUGCCAUGGGGCCCAUCGUGGCCGGACAGAUUGUCCAUAACUUGGGGUUUGUCCAGCUCAAUUUGGGCAUGGGCCUCGUCAACAUGCUGUAUGCUCCCGCUCUGCUCGUGCUGCGCCACGUCUGCCAGAUGAAGCCAUCUUACUCCGAGCGGAAUGUGCUGCUGGAGGAAGGUCCCACAGGACUCUACGACACCAUCAAGAUGGAGGAACGCAAGCUGAAAAGAAAAGGACUGAGCACCACCACAAACACGAACAUCAACUCCACAACCAAUGCCCUUCCCAUUGAGGACGGAUUUGGCUCAAGAUCAUUCUCCGAGGAAGAGUCGUCAGGACCAGAGUACACUUAA